CAGCUGUCAUGUUGGAUUUGUUUUGAAAUUUAUUUGUAAAAUCAUUGGGACAAAUUUGACAUGGAGGAAAUAAUCAUUCCAAGUGAACAAAAAAUUGGUUUCCAAUUGCAAUUCAAUUGCAAAGUAGGGGAACAUGUUACUAAAUUUGUAGUUCAUCGUUUUACAAAUAAAUACAUGGUCCUCAUUACUCAGUACGGUGCUCUGCCAAACUUAUACAUGGUUCAAUUCGAUGCAAAAGAUGAACGCGCCGACCGUAUUGCUCCUGUGAAUUUAUCUGAAUUUCACACAUCAGUUCCAGUGACAAUGAAAUGUUUAUUAGGUGUCGACAAAGUGGAGGUCCGUGCCGGUAUUCAAUUUUUAAUAAACAGAACGCAGUUGAGCAGAAGCCCCAUAGAAAUUAUAUUUUGUUUAGGGUUGAGAGAUAUUAAUGGUGAUAUUCUUAAGGCGAUAGCGAACAUUCUAGACCAGAAGCUUUAAUCAUAUAAGGUAUUUGUAUUUAUGCUUGUACUGAAUUUUUUGCAAGUAAUUUUGUACAAAAUUAUAUGUAAAAGGAAAUACAGUAGACACUAUAACACGAUGUUGA